CACACACGCAGACACACACACCGGCCGCAACAUGACGUGCGAGCGGACGGACUGACAGUGACAGACCGGGACAGCGCCGCUCCGCACGGAUUAUUCUCCCCGCGCCGGGGCGACGCAGCGGAACGGCGACCCAGUGGGGCGGGGGCGGAGCCGCGCCGCGCUGCCAGGAGGGACCCUGCCCCCGCCGGCAAGCGGCGAGCGCUGCGGGCUCUGGAGGAGCCCGGCCAGUUUAUUUUACUGGCUGUGAAGAACCACGGACCCUUUUUGCCCUGAUGGGGGACUCGGGAUCCAGACGAUCGACUCUUGUAUCUCGCUUGCCAAUAUUCAGGAGAAGUGUUAGCCGGAGACACGACUCCUUUCCUUCCUCACCUUCUUCUGCCAAUGCCAUUGGUGUCCACACCUCCUCCCCAUCCAGCACCAACUCCAGCUCAGGGAGCACAGGAAAGCGCCGGAGUAUUUUCCGCACUCCUUCCAUUAGCUUCCAUAACAAGAAAGGGAGUGAGCAGAAGCCUGACUCAGCGAGUCAAAAUGUUAACAUCUCAAAUGGUGGCCAGUCCUCUCUUAGCACUUUCCAAAAACCCAGCUUAGACGAGCACAUAAAAAGCAGAGGAAGGCAUUCUGUUGGCUUUGGCAGCUCACGUAACAAGAAGAUAACAAGGUCUUUGACAGAUGAUUUUGAAAAGGGAAAGGAGCCCUCAGCUAAUAAGAAUGUCUUUAUCAAUUGCAUAAGCUCUGGGAAGAAUGAGGGUGAUGAUUCGGGCUUUGCAGAAGAGCGAAGCCGAUAUUCUGUCAAACAGUCCACACGAAAACUUCUCACCAAAUCUUUUUCAUCACACUACAAAUUUUCCAAACCGGUUCCAGAGAGUCAGUCAGUUUCCUCUGUGCAGCAGCCCAGGUGCUUGCUGGAAGUUAAAUCCUAUGUGGAGAGUGAACCUGUGAUGGCCAAAUUGUCUUCUCCAUGCUCGGCUGAGAUCACGGAGUGCAUGGGUAGCUCCCUGCAGUCCCCUCUGCUCUCAGCUGACCUCACGGCUGCCCAGACCCCCUCGGAUUUCGUUGCUCUGACUGAGGACUCUGUUUCAGAGGCUGAUGCCCUGCCCAGCAGUGGGCCAGGGCCACUGCUCACAGAGGAAUUUGGCCACGAUGUCUCUACCUCUCAGAUCUUCUUUAAUCCUGCUGCUGCUCCUGUGAGGGAGAGAGAGACUGUGCAAAGUGCUGGCCAUUCUGCUGGUGUAUCUCCUGUGAGUCAUGCAAGCUCGUGCAGUGUGGAAUUCAGUACCUUAUUCAAAACCUCAGUUGCUAAUCAAACAAAAGUACUGUUGAAAGCCAGUGGACUACAUAUUAAUGAUGCCAGCCACAUAGAAAAAAUUAACUCAGAAAAUGCACAUUUAGGAACCUUGACGUUACAGCAUAGUGAAGAACCAGUGACACUCUCUCCAAAGGCAUGGGGGUUGAGUGGCAGCAGAGAUGAAAGCACUCCAUGCAAGCACAUGAGAAACACAGUUCCUCUAGUGGGAUCUAACACUGUUCCAUGUUCUGAACCUCAGUCCUUUAAAAUGCAACAGGGUUAUGAAUCAAACCAUCCUAAAGUUGAUCUUGCCAGCAGCCUCAGUCCAUACAGGGAAGGCAGAUUUGUUGAGAAACGACUGAGGUCCUCUUCAGAAGGCACUGCUGGGGGCAGCCGGUUGAUCAUAAAACCAAAGGAUGGAAAUGCAGAAGAGCUUAACAGCCUAAGGAUACAGAGAGCAAGCUCGUCCUCUUCUAAAAUGAACAGCAUGGAUGUUUUGAAUAACUUGGGUUCCUGUGAGUUGGAUGAAGAUGACCUAAUGCUUGACUUGGAGUUCCUGGAAGAACAACAUCACCAGCGUUCUGUGUGCCGGGAAGACUCAUACCAGUCAAUAGUGUCAUGUGCGGCUGUAGUACUCGCCCCUGUAGAGACAACAGUGGAUACAAGGAAAAAAGAACAGAUGAUAAUGCCUGAUGUGUUCAAACAGAAUCUAUCCUUGAAGCUGUCGAAGGAGGUGGAGCAAGGAGAAGCCAGGUACCCUCGUGUCAGCCAGCUGGCUGGCAGCCCAUCUGUGGAGUGGCCUUUUGCUGGUCUGGAAGAAGGUGGAGGCAUUGAGUCUCUGCCCUUCAGAUUGAUGCUCCAAGACUGCACGGCUGUCAAGACACUGCUUCUGAAAAUGAAGAGGGUUCUUCAAGAGAGUACGGACAUGAGCCCAGCUGGCAGCACAGCCUCUCUCCCCAUUAGCCCCCUUCCUGAGGAGCCGUUGUUUUUCAAGGAUGGAAUAAAAGAUGAAUGCUCAGUGCUGAAGCUGCAGCUGAAGGAGAGAGAUGAACUCAUAGCCCAGCUUCGUGAGGAGCUGGAAAAGGCUCAGUGCUUUCAGAAAGCUCUUGCUUCCCAAGCAGACAAAUCCACUCAGACAGAACUCGUAGUCCAUGAUACUACAUAUCCAAUCAGAAUGGUGAGCCAAAAUCUCAGCACAAGGGACAGAAAGUCAGCACUUACUCCCACCGAGGACCCUUUUAGACACCCACCAGGCAACCAAGCAGCAGCGUAUGAAAGCAAGAGCUGUCAGCUGUCUAAUUUGUGUCUGAGCAGCCUCCUGAAGGAGAAGGAGAUUGUGGAAGCCAUCAAGCACACCCGAGGCUCAUACGGAAGCCUGGCCUCAGAGGCCACCCAGAACGGUUUGGCUGUCACAGCCCCCAGCUCAGCAAAGCCAGCAUACAAGGCCGACGGCUGCCCCAUGUUCUCAGGAACUCCAAAAGACCAAAGUGCUGUGCCUCGGCAGCACACCACCUUCACAGGGAGACUGGGACAGCCCCCCAGGGGACCCAUCUCUUUACACAUGUACAGCAGAAAAAACGUUUUCCUCCACCACAAUUUACACACGUCAGAGCUGCAGACUUUAGGUCAACAAGAUGGUUAACAAGGUGCUUAUUUUCUUGCCAUGGAAGGAAGGUUGAUUAAAGAGGGAUGUAAGCUCAUCUAGAGCUCUGUCUUCAGUUCUCAUCUGCUGCUACUUUCAUGUGAAAAAAAAAUAAAAUAAAAAUUUAACUUUGUCUGUAAGUUCCAUAUUUUCCCACCUUGGACUGAGGCAAAAGGAUGAACAAGAUUGUUAAAUAACUGGGCUGAUUUGUCAUGCAGAAUUCACCAUGACUUUAAUAAAUGGAACCAUUUGGCUGGCACUGCUAGUCCAAUAUUGGCUAAAUAUAUUUUACCCCUCUGUAUGUCAUUAUCAUUCCCUGAAGUUCUAGAAGAUGAUCUUUAAUGAAACCUGUAUGUUUAAUAAUAUUACUGUUAAAGUAGAUGUGAGGAAUAAAUAGAUAAGUAAUUAGUAAACCCUCUUGAAUUUCAUAGAGAUUAGGGGAAUAAGGAGUCAGAAAUCUUUAAGGACCUUCUUUUUACACAUUUCUUUUUAAUACACUGAAAUUUGGUAAUUUAGAGAGUGUUACCACUUCCUGCUGUAUUUGUUUCAUGAGUGCCUCAUUCACUCAUGGAGGCAGUGAUUGAUUUUCCUCUAACAGGCUCAUAGAAAGUUGCCAGGUAUUUGAGUCAGUAAAUUGGGCCCCAGACUGAGGAUGUCAGCUUGUUUCCUCAACCUUCCCUUCCCUCUUCACACUUCUAUUUAACUACAUUUCUCUGAGUGUUUCUGUUCUAUGAGGGCAUGUCAAAUUGUGGUGAUCUUUGUGCUUUACAGGUACUGUAGCAGUCAUGAUGCAGUGUGACAUUCUGCUGUGUAAUUCAUCCUAUAAUUUCAUUCCCCUUCCCAAACCAAAAAUGUGUGAAAGCCUAAAGUAAGAGAAAUCAUCUUAUUACCCAGGUUGAACAACCUGCAUCAGUCAUAAUUUCUGUGGGCUGUAUCAUCUGCACUUAAGGACCUGUUGGUUUACACCAGCUCAGUGGGUUUGUUAGUCUUGACAAGUUACAGACAAGCGAGAUUAAUUUAUUGCCUGGUCGCACAGGAGUAUGAAAUCAUCUGACCAUGCCACAGAACCUGGAGACCUGUCGGUUGCAGAAGAUCUGGUUUUCCCCUCUCAGAGGUAUGGGGGCUCAGUUACUCCAAAUAUGUGGCAUAUGUGAAACAUGACACUUGGUUUACAACCUCUCUGUUGCAGGGUAAUCUGUUUGAGUUGUAAUGGCACAUGCAGUUAGUAGUUUAAAAAUAAUUUGGCACAUUUAAGUAUGAUUGAGGCAGAUCUGAGACGAGUCACUUCUCUCUUUAGCUGGUGAUUAAUAAGGAAGGACAAGGGUGCAGCACAUUCUCACACACAGAAACAAGCCAUUGUGACUUAACAGAUAAGCAUAUAAUGAAAAAUAAAGCUUAUGUAGCCACUAAAAAUCUGAAACUUGUAAAAGUUAAGUCACAUAGAGUAUAUUAAAUGAAGACAAAAUUUUACCUAGUGUUAAAUGUAUCUGCUGCAUUACUUAAUAUUUGUAUUAAUAUAAGGAAAUUGUAUUAACAAGUCUUGCUUAAACUAAGGGAAAAAAUAAACCAUUAUCUUGGCAGAUAUUCUGUAAAGUAAUUUCAGAAGUCAUAAAUUUUAGGCUUCUAUUUAAUUUAUUUUAUUUUUAUUUGAGCAUUUUAUUUUUAUUAGAGCAGAAUUUAUUACACUAUCUGAUAUUGAAGAGAGCAGGUUUUGUCUAAAUAUUCUGUAGUCAUAAUUUUGGGUAUCCAGAGAUGGAUACAUAAGAACCAAGACAAACAUUUGCCAAAAUUCUUCAUGUUCAUGUGUGCAUUGCUACUGCCAAAACAGAAUGUGCAAAAAUUGCAAACACAGCUUUACCGAAUUAACUGUGGCUAUUCAAGACUCCCAGUCCUGCAUAGAAACUCAUAAUUUAAAGUCUACCAAACAAGUUAAUAAGAUAAUUUCUCUACUCAGAAUCUCUUCUUCUUCUUCUUAGCAAUAUCUUAAAGUCAUGGUAGAUUGAAAGGACAAUUAAUCCUUACUAUCAAUUCAUUUAAGUAUUGCUCAUCUCAAGAGCUGAUGUAUACAAUUCAAUUUCAGAUCUGUAAAUAAAUUAAACAGACACUGUAAUUAAGGAAGUUUUUUCUAGGGUAUAAAUGUAUUAUGUACUAUGUUAAAAAACAAAACAAAACAAACCAAUACCUUCUUCAGUUUUAGGUUAUGUACUGUAUCUAUAGUUGUUUUUUUUCCUGGGAAAAUGAACUUUCGGAUUUCACUUUAUUUAAAAAAAAUAAUCUAUGAACUUCAAAAAUAGCAUUUCAGAUGUUACUAUUUUCUUGGAGAAUCUUUUAUAGAGCUGAAACUUUAAAAAACUGGAAAAAAACAGUUCAACAAAAGUGAGGGAUAUUUUUUAAGUGUCAUCUUGAAGCUGUUUUGUAUCAGUUUUUCAGCAUUGCUAUGUUAUUUGUAAUGCUAAGUGUAAAUCUCACCCAGAGAAGGGUAUUAGCCACAUGUUAAUGUACAGUGCAGCAGUAACUGUAAAAGAGGUCCUUUCUUUGGUCCUCUUGUGUAUAUAGGAAAUCAAAAAGCAACAGCAUUUGGACAUUCUUACAGUGAAUUGAAUCCUUUGUAAAAAAUCUCUAGUUUUUUAAGAGUUCCAUGUGCAAAAUGAUUUAUACAUUUCUCCAAGGCUGUACAUAUCCAAAGACAUGACACCAGGGGGAAAAGGCAUUUAUUAUUUUUAUCCAUGGAUAUACCUAUCUUCCUUUCUUUCUUUUUUUUUUUUUUCUCUUUCUGUACAACAAGGUGUAACUGCAAAGUUUCUGCUUAAAAUUACUUGUUAGUUCCAUGUCUUUCAGUGUGAGAGAGGGCAUUUUAAGGAGGAGGAAAUCCCUGAAGAAAAACUGUUUCCACUUGCAACAGUGUCUGUCCCACUUCCUUAUAACAGUCACUUGGCAAAAGAAACUAAAGAUCUGUGCCCUAAAUAUUUUUUUUAAUAAUUUACCAGAAUCACACCUGAAAUGUGUUUGUCAUCAUCUUUAGACUUCCUCUGACUAGGACAUGUUCAUAAGAUACAAUAAAUGUGACGGCCAGCCCUGGUCAUAAGUUCUUGAGGUGUAAGGAAAACAUUUGUCCAAUACUGUUUUUAUGUUUGACUUUCAGAGCAGUGGAAAGGGUUUUUUUGUAUACCUUGUGCAUGUAGAUGAAGCUCAAGCUGUGUGCUUGUGCGUACUGGAAAAAGAAACCUUGCUACAAAGCUCUCCUCUAUUUAGACUAUUUAGCAGAUUCUGAAAGCAUCCAGCAACAUAAAUUUCUGUCACCUUUCCAGGCAUGCCAGCCCUCUGUAUGUAAAAUGAAACAGCCAGAAUAGAUGCCUUUACUUCAGUCCAUGCUCUAACUGUUUUUUGUUCCACACACCUCCACAUAAAUGUUAGAAGGGCUUUCCUUAUGUGGCUUUUUUUCUGGAAACUGUGAAAGGGUGUAUAUCCAGAGUAAGAUGCUCAAAUGAUGUUUAGAUAAGCAUUUGAAAGCUUACCAAAAUGUUCAUGUUUGUCCUACAGGUUCAUUCCAGUCAUUACAGGUUCAUUGCCAAUAAAAAUUGGUGGUUUUCUUUUUCCAAAAAGCCAGUUUGGGAGUAAUGAUUUCUGUCUAUGCUGAUUCACUUUAUACUGUUAAAUACACAGUAUACUUUUCGCACUAAUAAAAGUAAGGUGUUUGCAAAUCAGUACUGUACUUUACAUGCCCUGAGAGUUGUUCACUAUCUCCACUGGUUUGAUUGGUAUGACACUGACUUCCAUUAGGUUCUACCAAGUUAAGUCACUGAUAAUUGGGAUUGUGGCCUUUAAUCCAUCUAGUCUCAGUUUAUGCACAGGAGAUCUCUAAAUCUGAAAAUCUUUCCUGGUUCACAAAAAAGACAAGAAAAUAUUUAAUCUAAAAAAAACAUCAGAUCAUGAUCUAUGGUGAAUGCACUUCUUUUUCCCCUUCACAUUCAAAAGCAAAAAAACCCUGCAAACCCCUUUGUACAUCUACACAGUCCACUAAUGAAUUAGAUAGAGUAACAUCUAACAAAAUGCAAAAUCUUGAAAUAAAUACCUGGAGAAAAAAAUACAGGGGAGUCUUCUCACAGAUGUUUGUCAAUUUGGCAAGUUUGUCAAGAUAUUGGGAACUUCUGUAUAUGAGUGGAGUAAUGAAAUAUGUUCUAUGGCCUCUACUACUGUCACUCCAAUGAUUUUUUGGACGGAGAGUUUGCUGUUUAAAGUUUGCUCUAGACAAAGCAGGGACUACAGUGUGAGAAAUUAUAUUUAAAGUGUCCAUGGAGGUCUUCUCCCAGCUGGAAGAAACACACAACAUUCUUUCCAGGAUGUAUUUUAGUGUUCUUCAGCCAGCAAGAAGCUGACAGCGAUUCCUCAGGAGAACAGUCUCAAAUCAUGCAGACAACUGUCUUUAAGUGGAAUUUACUUUAAAAUAUCCCAUAUAAGGCUCUUCUAAAAUUAUAUGGAAAUUUCAGCAACUGCAGAACACACCUUGCUAGGUUAUUGUUUUUUUUUUUGUUGUUGUUGUUGUUGUUGUUGUUUUUGAGAUAAAAAGGCCAUGUGCUGGUUUUAACCUUGUAAGUUCUGUUUGGAACUUGUUUGCUCACUGGUGAUCUACCUAGGAUGUGAGAGUUUAUCCACUGUAAUGGAUAUAAUUCCAACUCCUCAAAGUAUAAAGACAUUGGAUAUGUCCUCCUCCCUGAGGGGCUUGACAUUUGCAAUGUAUUUUCAAUGUAGAAGAACUAUCUGGAUUUAAUUAUCUUUCUUCAAGGAUCUUUAGUUGUUGCAAAGUCAGUAGAAAAAAAACUUACUUAUUGAAGUAUUUUGGAAAGAUUUUGUGGUUAAUUUUUAUUUUAAAAUACACUUAAAAUUUAUCUCUCUGUAUCUAAAGACAAGAAAAUAAAAAAGGAAAAGAAAAACUUUUAUCAGCGUAUGUUUCCCGUAAAUCUGUGAUUCUCACUAGCCACAGCUGUCACUUGCAUUCCAUACAGCUGUGAAAUAUUUUGGAUUUGUUGUUUUUGUUUCCUUCAUUAACUGGAAGUCAUUACCUCUGGUUCUGGGGUUUUGUUUGCUAUCAAUCCAGUACUUGAAACACACAGGGAGGGCUGUUGUGGAGGUGGUAAAUAUCACCUCUGUUUGGUUUCUACAUCCACGUAGAGGUUGUUGAACAGAAAAUACUCCACUGAGAAGAUUUUUCUAGUGGGCAAAUACUGUCUCCUUAUAUUCUUAUCAUGAUCCUUUCUGUCUCUCUGGAUUUCAGGAACAUUUCCCUUAGGUAUGGAGUUACAAUGACUCUGUGAGACAGGCUGCACCACAGUGUUGUUUCUGCUAUGAGAAGGCUCCACUGGAUUUUUUUUUUUAUUAUUUUAUUUAAAAUAUCUCAUUCUUAAAAUAUUUUAAUAUUUUCCCCCAGAACUGCUGUGCUGCUGGGGUAGUGCAUUCACAGAAAAUAUCCCUUGCCCAUCUGGGUAGGCUGCUGGUCACAGCUGAUUUACAUCUACUCAACAAUUGUCAGACUUAUUUAGGCACCUACAUAGACAAAUACAUUGCCAGGUUUGACUCUGCUUUUUGUCUCAUUGAAAAGGCCCUAAUAAUGUAGUUUUACAAUGCAUAUGGGUAUCAACAGUAGUAGUAGAAUUUUAACUUAUUUUAAUUUUCUAUUUUAUGUCAAUGCACUUUAUAUAAUGGUUUCAUAUGAAUUACACAAGGAAUUUUAUUUUUUUCUAACCUGAACUUGAUUUCAACAGGGUUCAGAAUUCUCUACUUAAAUUUAAGCAUGUAAGCAAUCCCAUAAAAUUGUCAAAUCCCUCUUCUUUAAAAAGCUAACACCCAAAUUAAUAUUUUUUUCUGACAUUAACAAUAUCAUUCAUGUUUAUUGUUUGAGCGGUAUCAUGCAUAAAAAGUAUUUUUACUUAUAUCUAAAUAUAACUACUUUUCAAACACUCCACAUAAGUAGAAAAGUCAAGAAACAGCCUUCAUACUAAAGUUACUCAUACAGCUAUACCAUUAGGGUUUUUUUGCCAAAAUAUUAUUUUAUUUUUAAAGAAAAUCUGUUUGUUUUCCAUGAUUAAGAAUGAAAAAAAAUCUUUUAGUACAUGCUCUUCAGAAUAUUUGGAGAGAUGACCAAUAUUGCCAGGAGAAUAUAAGCAAUCAAAGUCCUUAAUCAGUGAUGCAUCUGAUGUGUUUUAAGCAAGAGGAUCAACAGGAUAUAAAAAAAAUCUGUGUAGGAGGAGAACAGAUGUUUUGUUGCUCAGAAAAGUCUAAUGGAAGGGUGAAGGCUGACAGAUUAAUAGCUCUUUUUCUGUUCCAGGGCUGGUGGUGCAGCCAUUUGCUGUGAAAUAACACUGAAGUAGUAUAUUUAUGAAGUAAAUGUAUUGGAAUAACAAGAAAUGAGAUAAAAUGGUUGUGUAACACUCCAAAGUAUGGCUGAGGGUACUUCUAUAAUUUGAUCAAACAGCAUCUGAGUGAAUUGACAUCCUUUUAUUACCAGGGUAUUAUCUUUAUCUGAAGGAUAAGUGUAAGUGGAACAGUACAAUUUACAUUGUAACAUAGAAACAAUUCAGACAAAAAGAAUAAAUUAACAUAUUCUAUCUCCAAAGUCUUCCACUUUGUACAGUCUUCUCUAACUAUCUGGGGCAGUUUUAUGUAAUUUUAUUUCAUGCAGCUGUGGUAAUGCCCUUAUGUUGGGCAACAAGGAGAAAACAUUGAAGAGAGUCAUGACCAUGACCCUACAUCAAGAGCUGCACUUGGUUAACAGGGUCACAGUUUUGGUUCUCCUUUCCAAUAAGGAAUAAGGGAUCUUGUGAGAAAACCUUUAUAUAAACAUCCCCACAAGCAGCUUUGCCUAUGUGAAUUUUAAACUGGUUUUUGGAAAAUUAAAACUUUAAUUUUAAAAAUUGAUUAAAAUUCUGUCUAUUUUUGAAAAUAUGUUAUUUAAUACUGCUGAGGGCAAUUAGAGAGUUUUGGGCAUUUUUCUGUAAACAAAAGCUUCUGUUUCAUGUAUUAAAAUUGGAAAUUUUAUCUCAUCAUUUCUACUACUGACCAAUAUAAAAAUUGAAUAGCUAAUAAGACACUGAAUUUUCUAUUCUGUGCUACUAAAUAUCCAUUUAAUUUUAAUGACAGUACACAGCAAGGCUAUUUGUUAUAUAGUUCUGAUUUUUUUUUUAAAUAUAAUUGGCAAUACUGUAGAGAUUACUUAAAUUAGAGACUUUAAAAGAACAACACAGAUGGGAAAACAUUAACUUGAAGGUCAAGUAUAAGUAAUGCACUGUUGAAGAGUGUGGAAGAAUAAAGUUCUGUGGGAGACAAAGUAAAGCUUUUUCACUGAACACACUCCAGUCAGUCCAGGAUCACUUUGCUGAUUUAGAUGGUAACAAGGAAAGAAAUGAGAAUAUUUUUGCUAAAAGAUAACAUACUUAAAAAUCAACUUGAAACAGAAUUUGAAAUAGUGAAGGUAUUUGCCUCAAGGUAUGGUCUGAAAAGAGAACUGUAAAAUGUAUCUAAAUUCUGAUUAAACAAAUUCAUUAGUGAUUUUAAUGGUUUUACUCUACAAAGCCAUGAAUUGUUUAAACUCAUUCUUAUGUAACAGGCAAAUACUUUGUAAUAUUUAAGAAUUGCCAAGGCGUAACCCUAACCUUUGACUUUUGCGCUACACAUCCUCUGAUUUUAUUUUCUGCUUUUUUUUAAAUUAUUUUGAGGUUUUGUAACUCCUGUGCAGUAAGAAUCUGAUUGUUUCAAAUUCAGUCAUUUUGCACUGACUAAAAACAGAUAUGUAGCCUUUAGGUGAAAACACUGUUGAUUUUUAAAAUCAGAUUAUUGAGUAAAUAAUUUUUGCAGAUUACUCUGAUGAGUUAUGACAGUUUGUAAAACAAUUCUGUGGGAUUGUAUUGGUAUUAUUUAAUUGUCGUUUGUUUGUUCCUGGUUUUGGUUGGCAUUAUUUUUCCUUCUAUGUUUAUGGAAAGAAAUAUUAUUUUUGAAUAUUUGUACAGACUUUUAACUUUAAACCUUAUUGUAAAGGUUCACAUUCAUAUAUUUCCAUAUUUGAAAUUAACAUAAAGGGCUCUGACAGUUUUUUUCUUUUCAUGCUGCUGAAAUAUUAUUUCCUAAUAAAAAUACUGUGUUCCAAGAUGA